AUGCGAGGAGCUAUGGAUGCGAGGAAGGCGCUCGUCUACACUUCUUGCUACUGUGAGGAGAAUGUGUUCUUGCUUUGCAAAGCUCUGAUGGAGCUCAAUAUCGCGCUGCCAGAUGCCUCGGAUCUCUUCGUUGUCUUCCUCCUCAGCGCUGAUAAACAGUUUCCAAUUUGGUGCCAGAAGAACAGCAGCCGCGAUGAUGGAUUUUGUGUUUGGGACUACCACGUCAUUUGCAUCCAGAAGAGAUUUUCAUCCUCCACACCCGAUGAAGCCAGUGUUUGGGAUUUGGAUACAUCCCUUGGACUUCCCGUUGCUUUUAGUUCCUACGUCAAUGAAGCUCUCAAGCCACUAGUUGUGAAGAAACACUCGCUCGACCGGCUUUUCAGAGUUGUUUCUGCUCACAAUUUCUUAAGAUACUUCGCAUCAGAUAGAAGACAUAUGAAAACCAGUGAUGGGGGUUGGCUGGCCGCUCCGCCAGAUUACGAAUGCAUUGUGUCGCAAGGUACUUAGUUUAAGUUCUUUCAUCGUAAACAAAGACGUAACAACAAUGUUGUGUUGUAGAUGGUACUAUACACAAUCUGGAAACUUACAUCAGCGUGGCUCACGCCUCUCGAGCACCAGCUUCUCGGAAAGAGAUUUUACAGUGUCUGGUGACCGAGAAUCUU